UGUCUUCUACCGCCACUCUGCCCUCCAAGUGAGCAGGGUCAUGCCCACAACAGAAAACGUCCCAGCCCACAUUCAGCCCCGCCUGCCUCCGAAUCCUCGUCCCACCCAGCGCCUUAAACUCGAACACAACGACGCAAAUAUAGCUUCCGGAGACGAUACCACGCGCUCUCCCACCGCUGAGCGAGAUGCUUCUCAACAAAAGCCGCCAGCGAAGAGAGCUCGGAAGGCCAUAAACUGUGAGCCAUGCCGUGCGAGCAAGCUCAAAUGUGACAGGGGGAGACCGUGCUCCUCAUGCGUCCUCAGAGGUACCGUAAUGUCCUGUUACCAGGGUGCCGCAAACGAGCCAGCGGAGGACAAUCGCGGAAACAGAAUAGACCCCCAUCACGAAAUUGCACACAUUAGGCAGUCGCUUGCUACUCUUGAAGCAUAUAUCGUCCGCUCUGGUUCAACCCCGUCCCAUCCCGUUGUAUCUUCCACUUCGUUCAGGCAGGCUGCAUCUACUGAACCUCCGGAAAAGUCGCUUAUAGAUGGCGAUGAAACAUCUAACAAGUCCGUACCUGGCAUGUUGGCACAAAAGGGCCAGGGCGGUCUUUAUGCAGGUCCCACUUCAAUGGUGACGCAUUUAUUGAGUUUUAAAUCUCCAGAACAACGGGAGGGCAAGGACGUUGACACAAGUGGUGACGAUUCCGCUCGGUCUGGCGAUGAGGGACCACCGCCACUCCUACACGAUCAGUCCCGUUCAUAUGAUAAUGACCUUCUGGAAUUACUGCCCCAAUUGCACAUCAUUGAUGGUCUCGUUGACUUUUAUUUUGAAUACUGUAAUUGGAUAUAUCGGCAUGUGCACCCUCAAGCAUUCAUGAAUGCGUGGGGAAAAUUCAAGACUGGCCAAUCUUCGGAUCGUUUGGUUCUAGCUACACUAUGUGUCAUUAUGGCUCUUGCUAUCCGCUACAUUCCGGCACGCCACGCGCUGCUGGCCUCGCUACCGCCUCAGCAUGAUGAAUUAUGCGGGCGGUAUUAUGAGCUUUCUCGAGAAGCUCUAAAUCGCUACCGUUCAGAGUCGCGCUCACUAUCCCUUGAGCUGGUGGAGCUGCUCCUCGUUCGUACACAUUACCUUACACUGUCCAAGGACGAAGCGGAAGAAAUUUGGUCAAUACGCGGCGAGUUAGUCAGCAUUGGCACUGCAAUGGGCCUGCAUCGUGAUCCCGACAAAUGGAAAUUUCCCCGGGAUUUGGCAGAGAGGCGCCGUUGGGCUUGGUGGCAUAUCGUCCAUCUCGACCGAUGGCAAAGUUUUCUUUUUGGUCGUCCACUGUCAAUAGCGUCCCAUCACUUCGAUACGCGUAUGCCUUCGCACAUCGACACCGAAAUUGAUCCCAACGGGCGUCUGUUCCUACCAAAUUUGCAUUUCUUCCGUUUAGCAUUCAUACUAGGAGGUAUUGUGGACGACGCGGUGUCAGUACGGCCCGUCCCUUACGAGCGUGUUCAGGAGCGGGAUCGCGAACUUCUUGUGUGGAUGGAAGAUCUACCCAAGGAACUCGAUCUUGACGAAUACCGACUGGCGCGUUCUUUGGCUAGCCCUCUACCCGAGCAGAUGAGGCUUGGUGUUCAAAGUAUUAUCGUUCGGACAAGCUAUUACCACAUUCGCUUCACUCUGCACAGACCGUACGCCGCCGCCGCACACGAUGUACAGCGACGCUCGAGCAAGAAGAAAGGGAACAGCGUGAUGAGCGAGCACAUGUCACAGUCCUUGGAUACUGCUGUGAACGCCGCAGACAAACUGAUCCAACUUGUCGGACAAGCGCGUCCUGACCUCCUCGCUAACAACGCACUCGCUGUUCCUGGGCAUGUGCACUGGGGUCCUUUCCACUGUUUCAGCGCCGCCAUGUUUUUCUCAUUUCAGCUUAUCGCGAAUCCUGACCAGCCAGGUGCCAACCUCUUCCGCUCCAAUGUACAUCGUGUCAUGGACAUUCUCAAGAUGUCUAGCGGAGUUGCAAUCGCAGAUAAGGCCAUGGACAUGCUUACUGUUCUGGCACCUUUAUAUGAACCGGCGCCACCAGGCGAAUCGCCAGAACAACGCGAAGUGAAGAAAAAACAAGUGUUGGAUCGGGUCAAAGGGCUUGCAUUUCCUUAUCAUGACUCUCCCGCUUAUCCUCGAUCACACGUUGACUCACCUGGUCGUCGGGCACCAAUGGAUUCACCGUUGCAUUCCAGUUCUGUAUCACCGCCGUCAGCAUCUCAGAACAUGCCUUUGGUAGCACAAGCUGGCAUGCAGCCUCCCACUACUCAAUUACACCUGCCACAUAACAUGGGCGAAUCUUUGGGCACGCCAAUAGACGGACGCCCAUCACCAACGCAGCAUCACCCUUCAUAUGCACAAGCUGCCCCACAUGUGCAGCAGGCAGUACGUGGUGCUACGCCUCACAACACCCCACCAUCUUUGCACUUCACGCCCUCCCAUGUCUCUCAAUCACCUCAGUUCGGUUCUACCACGGGUGUACCGCAAUACGUGCCACAAUUACAUCAACCUCGACCACCUCCUCACCAGCCAUAUCCAGUGCAGCCGCCUGAAUAUGGGGAAGCGGCUUAUGUGCAAGGUGCAAACGAUUCGAUGUGGGGUGCUUCCGUUGGAUUUGGACAAGGAGAAUGGGUUCGAUUCUUGGAUGUCAUGGAGAGACCGGAUACCUCUUCGCACAUGUAAAUUCUCAUUUUUCUCUGUAGGAUAUUAGGAUCUCUGUUAUUUUAGAGCGUAUACCACUGCUGUGUUGCUUGUCUGCCUGUUCUCGUAUUGCUUGCCUCAUCUCGUUCGUCUCGUAUGUUUCGCUUUGCUUUAACGCUUUGUACUUGUGUAGUCUUCGUUCUUUGUCUUUGUUCCGUUCCUUUUCUCCACCCUUACUUACGACCGGCGAUUGAUGGAAUCAAAAAGGUGCUAAU